CGUGGAACAUCUCGGCUUCCGUUGACCGCGAGCAAGAUGGCAGCCUCCGAGAUGGUUAGGCUACGGCUUCAAUUUGACUAUCCGCCGCCGCUCACCCCACACUGCACCGUUUUCUGGCUUCUGGUUGACCUGAACAGAUGCCGAGUGGUCACUGAUCUCAUCAGCCUCAUCCGCCAGCGUUUCGGCUUCAGUUCCGGGGCGCUCCUGGGCCUGUACCUGGACGACGGGCUACUGCCUCCCACGGAGAGCGCGCGCCUCGUCAGAGACAACGACUGUCUCAGAGUAAAGUUAGAAGACAGAGGACUUCCUGAGAAUUUGAUAGUAAGCAAUGGUGGCAACUUUCCUAGCCCAGCUAGAAAGGCAAAGAAGCGGACCUCUAAGUUGGUGGAGGACGAAGAGAUGGAAGUGGGUUACAAGUCCUCGAACAAGCGCUGGAAGAAGCAAGAGGACAGCAGCCGUAAUGAGAAGGCCUUGGGCCUGGGAAUAAAACCCAUCCCAGAUGAGAUGGGGAAGACAAAGAGCAAGAGAAAAAGCAAAGUGACGGGCAGCCCAGCCGAGGAAGAGCAGGAGGAGGAGGAGGAGGAAGAGGAGGAGGAAGAGGAAGAGACCAAAAAGAAGUCUCCAAAAAGAAAGGAGAAAUGUGAACAGAAGAAGCAGACCAAGGCCUCCAAGUCUCCCAAACCACAGGCACCUAAAGAGUGGAGCUCACAGAACUGCAGCUUCCCCAGGGGCUCGCCCAGAAGCAGCUUUGCUAAAGCCCGGAGGAAAAGCAGCAGGAGGUCGAAAGGUGGCUCAGGCUACCUGUCGGGGUCCGAGUCCCAUCCGGAGUCGUUCAGCAACGGCAACUGCACGGUCACGAUGCAGGAGGUCAGUUUUUCAGAGAAACUGUCAGCUGAGCUCUUGAAAGAUGGACCCGCUACCAAAGCCGCAGCUGCCAACAGACAGGCCUCGAAGCCUCCCUUUGCCUUGAGCUCCAGCAAGGCCAAGGCCACCAGUACCUCGUCAUCGAGCUCAGACUCCAGCUCAGAGUCAGAAGACCAGUUUGUGGUGUCCAAGAAGGUGCCCGAGGGCAUCUCCGACUUCUUGAAGACAGCAGACCUUUUUGCAGAGCAGGGGUGCCUGGGUCCAGGGCUACCGUUGCAGACCCCGGGGAGCAGAGGCCGACAGGCCCCUGGUCCUCCUUCCAGUGUGCCCGUGCCCACCAGUUUGGGGAGAGGAUGGGGGAGAGGAGAGGACUUCUUGUUUGGGAAGGGACUGAGGGGCCGGGGCGUACGGGGCCGAGGCCGAAGCCGAGGGCAUGCUCUCUCCUGUAUCUUAAACAGAAGCUGUGAAAGCCAGAGGCAGAAACAGUUAAAUGACAUUCUAACCAACUCCUCCACGGUGAUCCAGAAUCCAGUAGAGGCCCACAAGAAGGACUAUAGUCUGUUACCACUGUUGGCAGCCGCCCCUCAAGUUGGAGAAAAGAUUGCAUUUAAGCUUUUGGAACUCACAUCGGACUACUCUCCUGAUGUCUCUGACUACAAGGAAGGAAAAAUAUUAAGCCACGAUCCGGAGACCCAGCAGGUGGACAUAGAGGUCCUGUCUUCCUUACCAGCUUUGAAAGAGCCUGGGAAAUUUGAUUUGGUCUAUCACAAUGAAAAUGGAACCGAGGUGGUGGAGUACGCCGUGACGCAGGAGAAGAGGAUCACUGUGCGCUGGAAAGAGCUGAUCGAUCCCAGGCUGAUUAUUGACUCUUCCAGUAGCAUCUCCAGUAAAUAACCUCUGACCUCGCCACCUCGCCGUCUACAGUUGUUCUGUUUUGUGAAUGUGACCAUAGCCGGAAGUUUGAAAAAGCAAGAUUAAAUGUUGUUUGGACUUUUUGAUAUAUCUUCACUUUACCCUAUUAGGAAAAAAAGAAAAAUCUACCUCAUCAUUUAGAGUAACAAGGGUGUUGUUUGUGGAUCCUUAUUUCCUUCAGGCUAAAGUCAGUAACCCAAGUGAAAACGUGGCGUUCCCCAUGAGCAGACCAGCAUGGCAGUGUGCCUGGUUCUUUACAACCGUUUGACCACCAGUAGCAGUCGUCACGCUAGACCAUACAUAAGAGUGUGCUGUGCAUCUUGUUUUGUCUGUCUGUCUGUCUCUGUCUGUUAAGUCACAUCUUAAAGUAUUAAGGCAUGUUUCUUGACUUAAUUUUUUAACAUGUGAGCUGUUCUGUUAAGCGUGGAGGAGCUCACGCAUCCUAAGCAUUGUAUACUUGUCAUCGUCAAGAGUUGGCGGAGUUGGCUAAGUUAAAGAACCCUUUCCUAUUUUUCCAGCUGUAAACUAUGGGACUCUCAGGGCCCGGUGCACUGGGUAGCGGGGAGACAUCCUGGUUGUAUUGUCUGGAGGAGCGCCGACCUCGCACUGCCAGAGGGCUGGCCACGAAGCCCAGAGCAGGCCGGAGCAAGUGAUCUUGCUGCAGGAUGCCUGCAGCUUGGCUCGGCGUGCUAAACUGAGGAUCCUGAACAGAGCCUUCCUUUUCUGUUAUUAUUCACCAUAAAGCUAACGGCUGAAUAUGAACUGUGAAAAUGGCUUUCUUUUAGCAAAAUCUCAGAUCCCUCCUUCAGCUUUGCAAGUUUUUAAAUAAAAUCAUACGGAACCCAGUA